GCAGAUUGUCCGAGUGUUACUAGCUCACAUGUGCUACCUAAUUCGUGCUACGCUUUUGUUUUCCUUCCUUUUUUGAUAAUCACAGCUAGCCCCAGGUGGGGCUGGCCUUCAGCUUAUGGUGCUUCUGAACCAGCUUACCUUUUGAAAUUUGGAAACACGGCAGUUGUUUGUGUCAGCAAAACCAAUUAAUGGUUGCCUGCUGUGUUAGGUCCAUGCAAGUUUAAUCUUACUUGAUCCUGUCAUUUCCAAUAUUUUAAUGCAACUUAUUUUCUAACUAGGUACAUGUGAAGAUAUUUUGGCAGUUGAGUGUGACCUCUGCUGAUCACAUUGCUCUGAUUUCUACCUGUUCUGUGUUGGCAAAGGAACACGCCCAAAUGAGCAAGCUGCCGCAGCCAGCCACUACUCCAGGAGUGAACGGAAUAAGUGUCAUUCAUACUCAGGCACAUGCCAGUGGCUUACAGCAGGUUCCUCAGCUGGUGCCCGCCGGGCCUGGGGGAGGAGGCAAAGCUGUGCCUCCAAGCAAGCAAAGCAAAAAGAGUUCACCCAUGGAUCGCAAUAGUGACGAGUAUCGCCAGCGCAGAGAGCGGAACAAUAUGGCCGUGAAAAAGAGCCGAUUAAAAAGCAAGCAGAAGGCUCAAGACACACUGCAGAGAGUGAACCAGCUCAAGGAAGAGAACGAACGCUUGGAAGCCAAAAUUAAGUUGCUGACAAAGGAAUUAAGUGUACUGAAAGAUUUGUUUCUUGAGCACGCACACAACCUCGCAGACAACGUGCAGCCCAUCAGCACUGAAACCACAACGACAAAUUCUGAUAACACGGGGCAGUAGAUCCUUCCAGACAGCACAGCUUUGUGGCGUGAACGUGGAGGUGGGACCACCCUGCACCACUUGGUUCAGUGCUGAGCGUGGUCCUGUUCCAUGGAGGUUAUUUUCUCGGCUCAGCACUGAACAGUUGAUUAGCCAGGUAGUUUAUCUGGUCUUAAAUGAUAAUGGAUUUUUGAAGCACUAAAAGAAAACUUGGGUUUAUGGUUAAAACAAAAUUCUUGGACCUUAAUAUUCUUAAUAAAUCCUGACUUCCCCAGAAAUGCUUCUUUUCUAGGAAUGGGAAAAUGGAAGGUCAUAUAGAAGGUUUUGGGUUUUAAUGAGACAAUACCUUGGAUUAAGAAAAGCUGGAUUCCAUCUGUGUUCCUUGACUUGUGAUUUUAGUCUAAAUUGUGUAUUGUAAAUUCUAGGGCUUCAGAAACCAAUCAUCAUAAUUUGGCCCCAUUUUAUAGUUAGUAUAAACCUGUGUUAGCAUAAUUGGCAUUGUUUUUCCCAACAAAUACAUAUUUUUAAAAAAAUAACUUCAGGCAAAGUAAAGAAACCCCAUUCAGGUCACACCAAAGAGGUGGUUAAAAAUACAAAUUAUAUUUAGGAAGGAAAGAAGUGUUUUGUUUGUUUUUUCCUCCCUUGUUUGUUUUAAAGGCAUAGAGAGUGGAUUGAACUCGGGUCCUUUGGUCUACUGGAUUAGCAUUCUCAUGUGUCCUUCAAAACCAGCAUCUACUGUGUGCUGACAUUUAGUGUCUGUGCAUGCUAGUAAAGGGAGUGUUUGUUUGGAGGGGAGAAACCAUUUUUUGACAGCCAAGUUAGUAAAUAAAAUGCCUUGGCUUGAUGAUACAGACCAUGAUUUAGAAUACUAGUUUAUGCUGGGCAUGGUGGCACAAGCUUUAGUCUGAGCACUCAGGAGGCAGAGGCAGGAAGAUCUCUUGAGUUCAAGGCCAGCCUGGUCUACAGAGUGAGUUCCAGGACAGCCAGGACUACAGAGAAACCCUGUCUCAAAAACAAAAGCAACAAAAAACAAACAACAACAAAAAAGAAUACUAAUUCUUUUGGUAGAAUAACUGCCAACGGGGCCAUGCUUUUUAAGGGCAGAGGUUUUUUUUUUUUUGUGUGUGUGCUUGUGUGAAGAGGCACAUUUUGGUAUUUGAUCUCAAAUAAAUGAUUAUUAGAAAAAUGUAUCAACUUCAUGCCAUCUCUCAAAAGACUAGUCAAAGAAAACUUGAAAGUAUAAGGUUUCAAUCUUUAAUUUAUUUCCUAAAUCUUUUUAUUUUUAUUUUUUAUUUUUUUGAGGAAUUUCUUUUCUAGUUUAGUGAGGUGUUCUUCCAGACUUCAUGUGGUGUUGCCUCUGUUUAUCCAUUAGUAUGCUUGUAUGUUCUGUAUAAAUUAUUUGAGAGAAAAUGCUGAUAAGACUCAGGAUAUUGACUUUUGUGUUGUGAAACUGACAAGCCAGUAGGGUAUCUCUAGGGCCUGCUUUUAUCAGUGUUGUAGUUUAGAUUGUCUUGCACAGUUCCAGCUAAAGUUUGUUGGUUCCUGAGAUGGUGACUAAAACACGAGUCUUGCAUGAUCACAGUUUGUGUUGCCGGGAAUCUUGUUUGAACAUGGUCAUUUCUGGUCCUGUUUCCUACUAAGACUUGGUUACUGUAACCUCAGUGUAACUCAGGUUGCUCCCUGAGUGUGACAGAAGAGUGUGGACUCUGUUCUCCUGUGCAGAAGCUAUUGGUGCCCUGCAGCUCAGCAUAGCCUUUUAGGGCCACUGUGCCGAAGACAGGAGUCAACACUGUUUUUAGGGAACCAAGAAAUGAAUGGGGUUUUUAAAAGUUAGGGUCCAGCACCAGUUUACCUUGGUUGGAAUAGCCAUCUGCUCAUAAAGAUUGAUAGAUGUUUUGUAUAACUAACAAGGAUGCACCCAUACAAUCCUAAUCUACCAGCGGAUUGAUAUUAUGUAAUGAACUUACUGGGAGAUAGAGUUAGGUCCUACUUGAACAUACAGUAGGCAUUCAGACAUUGGAUCUCCUACUUCCAAAGACUAGCUUUCACAAAUGGACAUUCUCGUGGAAUUGUGCUUACUGGUGCAAGGACUUAAGCCAUUGGGAAGGCAGUGCUCAAUAUUUCUAAUCAGAACAUCCACAUCAGUCCUACCUGUGCUCUUACCUUUGCAAAUCAGAUCAUUAGCACAAGCAAGCAGUUCCACAUAGAACACAUUGUCAGCUGGCCUUUGGACUGUCUUACUGAAGGGGAAAUAAUGUUGAGCUUGAUAGAGUUCUCAGUGUAAAAUGAGGGAAACUAGGUUUGGGGAGUGGGUAAGCGUAGGACUUUGGAAAUUGUAAAGUGGCUUUGGUAAGUCGUCACUGGGGAACCUUUAGAGUUUGAUCUGCCUUGCGGACAGGUCUGGUGGUUUAGGAGUCAAGCUAUAGCGUGGAUUAGCCACACCUGUGUUACCUGGGAUGGGUGCCCUUGACUAGUUUGGGGUACGGAGUUUUGGGUGCGUCUGGCUCUUUGUGUCAGGUGAUUUUGGAAUCUUAAGGAUUUUACUAAAAUGACCUGGGGUUUGAAAUCCAGGUCAUGAGCCCACUCAUUUUGUACAGUUCUCAAUCUAUGAAAGUAGAAACAUGUACAGUUUGAUAAGAAAGGCAGCGACUCUUAAUGUUUCUUACUCCCCCGCCCCGCCGUCCCUCCCCCACCGGAGGGCUGAAGCCUUGUGCCUCAACAACCCACGGAGCACCUGGGGUGCUUCGGAUGCCUUAGCAAUGAUGCCUGUGUGUGCGACAGGCUAGGGAAGAUUCCAUACAGCUAAUCAGAUCUGCCUCUCAGGAAAAAUACUAACUUGUUCUUUUUGUUCCUGGCUUUCAGUUUGUGAGAUUACUCUAUUUUUUUAAAUAUAAUUUUAUUUCUUUCAACGAAUUUAAAAAUAAAUACCUUUGGAACAAUGACUGGUUUUCUUUGUGAGUUUCUUUAUCUUGGAGGUGAGCAAGAAGUUCAUUUGUAAUUGGCCCCUAAGAACCUGCAAGGUACCUCCUGCUGCUGUCCUGGGCGGGGGACGUGGACCAGCAGGCUGCUUUUGCGCAAGUUUGGAUUUCCCUGAGUAGACAGUGAAGUAGUUUUCUCUAAACUUGGACUGUAUUUUCAGUUGUUUGUAGUUGUUUGGUCUAACUUAAAACUGCAUCCUGGAGCAGGGACAUGACGAAAGGGGCUGUCUCCUGGUGGUUGGAGCCUAUGGUUCCAUCUGAGGCCUGUCCCUAACAGUACAGUUGAGAGUAAAUAUCAUCUUUACUUACAUGGUACCUGGGUAUGGAAGUGAGUUAGCUGCUUUCAGAAAUAUCGUGAGUCCAAGAAAUCAGUUUGAAUUGUGUGUUUGAAGAAAAAAAAAAAAUAGAUGCUUUCCUCUGAUUCUUUGAGUCUUUUUGUGUUUGGGGAACUAAGUUCCAAUUAUUCCAUGAUUGUGAAAAUUGUGUGACUGAGUGUGGUGGCUCAUGUUUGUAAUCCCAGCAUUAUGGAGAUGAAGGAUUUGGUUGGUGGUGGCGCACGCCUUUAAUUCCAGCACUCGGGAGGCAGAGGCAGGCUGAUCUCUGAGUUCGAGGCCAGCCUGGUCUACAGAGUGAGCUCCAGGACAGCCAGGGCUCCACAGAAAAACCCUGUCUCAAAAACAAAAUAAAAAACAAAAGUUGUAGGUGUGUUCUAUCCUACUUCGUUUGAAUGAAUUAGUUGUGAAUUUUUGGUUUUAGUUUUAGUGAGAUGUUCUCAUGUAGCCAACGCUGGCCAUCAGCUUGAUAAGCAGCCAAGUAUGGCUUUGAACUUCCAACCUUCCUGCCUCCACCUCUCAAGUGCUAGGAUUACAGGUAUGUACCACUACAUCUGGUUUUAUGUGACACUGGGGCUUGAACCUGGGGCUUUGUGUAUGUUAGGUGAGUACUCUACUAACUGAGCUAGAAUCUCCCGCUCUAGUUGGAGUUUAUUGCUAAUAACUUGUAUUAGAAAAUUUUAUACUUUGUGAUGAAACCAGGUCUUAAUAAAAACACUUUUAGAAUGA